AUGUGUCCUGCAUACCGCUGUCACUCUCAGUACUCAAAAAGUAAACAUAUCAAAGCCAGAAGCCUGCAAGCGGAGCUGGGGGCCGGAGGGACGCGAGGCACCGCCGCCCGGCAUUCAACCGGCCCGCCCGGCCCGGCUCGUCAGGCGGCCGCGGUCGCCCUCCCAGAGGAUUCCGCGCGCUCCCCGCCGCCGCCACCGCCGCCGUCGUCGGGAGCCCGCCGCGGGGCGGGGGAAGCCGCGGGCGGGGUGCGCGGGCCCGGCCGGGGGAAGGGGAGGGGACAUGGCGCGGUUACCUGGGCUCGGGCGGUGGCGAGGGGAGUCCGCUCUCCCGCCGCUGCUGGUCCGCGGACGCACCGGGCCCGUAGCUUUCCCCGGCGGCCCGGAGAGCUCCUCGGCCCCCGCCCCGAGGCGUCCCGGCCAGGCCGCCCCUCCUCAGCGCCGCGCCGCUGCCCGCGCGGGCCGGACCGCCUCGAGCUCCGGGGCCGCCCUGCGGCGGGGGGCCUCUCUCGCUGGGCGCCUGGCUCCCCUCACCCGCUCCCACCCCCUGGGCGGCCGCGGAGCCUAGGGGAGAGCAGGAAGGGCCUCCCGAGGAGAGCGGGAGGGCGCGAACGCAGGCUCCGCCACCCAAACCGCUCCGUUACCGCAGCGGCGACGACGACCAGGGCCGUGUUGUUGCUGCCAACUUGUCGAGAGGCCACUGAGCAUGCGCGCGCGGGGACCACAUCCGGGUCACUUGUCCCUGUGAUGAAGUUCACAGCAGAGCUGGAAUUUGAACUCUCUGCCCACAGAGUGUGGCGUGGUGCUAUCUGCAACCCAAAUAGCUCUACCCUGAAGCCAGGGCCUGGGAGGGCCUGCUGAUCAGAUGCCUCAGAGCAGCAUUUCUCCUACUUUAUUGCACACAGAUCACUUGGGGAGCAUGUUAAAAAGUAAAUCCUGAUUCCUUGGA